AUGUCCUCAAACUCCACUGCAUCAACACGUUCUCCUCCAGAAACUACAAUGGCAGAAUUCAUCGAAAAACACAUGUCACUGAUUAUUGCUGCUGUAAUUGGAACCAUUAUCAUCGGUCUACUGGCUGUCACUGGUUAUAUGUACAUGACGAAAAAAGUAGAAAAGAAGAAAAACUCGACAUAUUCAAGACCAAAAAGUUACCACGAUCCAUCUCCAUCCAGAAGUCCAACGGCGCCGUCACAGAAGAGUUCACCAAGUAUCGAAACUUCGGGGAAUUCGGUGAUUUCGGGAACUGGAAGCUUGCAAACGGCAACAUCGGAAACAACCCAGUCCAUAGUAUGA